AUGCGGGCAGCACCCUUUUCUCGGCGGCGUGUGCUUGUGAGCAAGGCGGUUCAGACGGAAGCGUCGUUCCCCCCCGACUGCACCAACGUCGAGGAGCACUACAAGGGGCUCGCCAGUGAGCAGUUUGACGACCUCUGCAAGCUGCGCGACGUGAUACGCGAUGCGAUGAAGGAGGUUGCCUGCUCGGUGUACGACGUGGUGGCGUUCAAGGACAUCCUUUUCAAGAUCGAGGACGAGCUCCCGUCGAGCCUGCCGGUGACGGACAUGCUGCUGUUGUCCUCGAAACUUUUUCGUCGCGCCGCGGAGCUGGGACGCCUCCUUGGCUGCUUCUUCACGGUUGUCUUCGCCGAGGAGCACGUGGACGAGGAUUUCCACUUCACGGAGCUGCGCGUGCUGCGACGCGAGCUGCUCGACCUGAAGAAGCAGUUUGCCAAAGCAGACGAGGAGCGCGCCCGUCUGCAGCGCAUGCUGGACGAUGUCGGCAGAGUCGCAGUCAACCAUAGCCGCGCGGUGGAUCUCCUAGAGACGCGGAAUGCGGCGCUGCAGCUGCAGACAAGCGGUCUGGAGGACCAGAUGGCGCUGCUCUUCUCGCAGCUCAACAAGGAUCUGCACCGCCAGUGCAAGGAGGGGUACGAGAAGGUCACCAAUGAGAUAGACAGCCAAGACCGUAUGAACCUUACCAAGGCGACGUUUCGCCAAACGAUGGAUUCCCUCAGCGAUCAGCUUCGCCACUCACGUACGCUAAUUAACGACGUGAGAGAACUUGUUUUGAGCUGCGCGCAGGGUGGCACGGGUGGUGGGCGGAACGUGGAUGCGCAGAUAUCGAAGGAGCCGAGUAUUCGCUUUAAACUGAAACAAGUGGAAAACAAUUUCCAGCAGCUCGUGGGCCGUUUUUCCGCCGUCAAGGGCAUCGUCGCGGAGACAGCACAGGAGCUGAUGAAUGCCUUGCACGAGCGGAAGAAUAUUCUCUAUCUCUCACUCCAGCACAUCCGUUUAUACGAUAUUCAAAACACAAAAAUGCGUCAGUCUAAGGCCAUCGUCGUCGAAAUGAAACGGGGGGUGGAGGAGCUGUUGAAGCGAAUUGGGGUGACGUUUCCAUCCGGCGCGGUCACCUUCGUUGACCGCAUUGGUCGCAUCUCCACACAGCAGUGGCAGGUGGGGCAGACGCUAGCGACGAUCCGAAACCAAAAGGCAAGUGAGCUUUCAGGCGAUGAGACCACCGUUGUUUCUGCCUCGCAAGUGCCAUCGCCACUCCCACCAGCGCCAAUGGCACCAGCGCCCCCUUCGCAGAAACGGGUGAGCGAAUCCGAUAUUGGUGGCGAGGAGCGUCAAGGGGCGUCAGUGCCGGAUGUCUCUGCUCGUAUGGGGACUGGCAGCUACAACGUUCCCUUUCAGACCGUGUACAACAUUGUUGACCUAGUGAAGUUGAUGGAGCGAUCUAUGGAAAAUCUGGUCAACACGUUGAACUUUGAAAAUGAAAUCAACGCCUUUCUCAAGACUCUCACGUUGUCACUCUCCACCACACCGCGUGAGGUGGAUGAAACCUUUGGUGACUUUUCGGAUGCGGAUGCGGUAGUGGACAAGGCGCUUCUUCCCACGGGCGAUGCCUCCUACAAGCGUUCCAACGCCGUCGAUACCCCCACACGCAAAGCCGUACGAAACUUGGACCGGACAGCAAGUCACUCGAUUCUCUCGUUCAGUGGUCAAGGGGAAAGGCGGCAGUCGAUUGAGAGCGAAAAGGCGGCGUCUGUUGUGGCGGAGCAGGAACGUCGGCUGCAGGAACUGCAGGAACAGCUCGACAACGUGCGGCCAGAGUUUGCGGUUAAGAUUGGCUUCCUGCGCCAGGUGUAUGAGGCCAGGAUAUGCGAUUUGGAGAUGAAGGAGGCAAACAUCCAGCGCAGGGUUGGCGCAACGACGCCGCAGAAAGAGGCCAAGGAAACAAAGGAGCCACCGAAGAAGCGUCAGGGUCGUGGUGAGCGCGAAAUGCCUGCAUCGCGCGCCUCCGACAAUUCCGACGCAGAGAGGCGGCGAAAGAAGGAUGACAGAGAUCAUCUCCUGCUGUCGAGGUCUGAGUGGCACCAGACAAAGCCGGCACUGCAGGGAAAUAAGAAGGUGCGUGAGGCUAUGAUGAAUGAACUGACCAAAAUGAUGCGUGAUCCCGAUCCCUCUGAAAAACAAGAAAGACGACAGAGCAUGCGCUCCAAAGGUACAGGUAGAAGUGUGACAACCUCAAUAAGCAGGUAA